AUGGCGUUUCGCAAUUUACUUACCUGCUUUGUGUGUAAUAAUCGUUAUCAACCGAGGCUUAUGAGGCGAAUCGAUGGCGAGAAUAAUGAUGCUAAACGAGAUAUUGCAAUCUUGCGUCGUGAUAAUGCUGGACUUCCAGCUUUGGAAGUGAACGAUCAAACAAGAUUGUGCAUGAAUUGUAAUAUUUCGAUUCUUGAGGAAAUUGAUCUAAUUUUGCAAGAUGAAAGACACAUGAGGCUAAAUGUCCUGACACAAACUCGAAGUGCAUCUUGUUUAAUUUGUGAUCAGGAAGACAAUGUGGAAAGGCUUUGUAUGAAGGCUCGUGUGAAUAUUUUCAUUACGUCGAAUAUUUAUAUUCCUAAUAAUGUAAGAUCUUGCAGAAUUCAUUUAGAUGGGAGAGGGUUUCUUUUACAACCGUUACAUGCCGGAUUGAGGUCGAUCAAUCGGCCAUAUGUUAUAAAAGGACAAGAACUGCAAGAAUUCAUUAACGAACUCCGAAACAAUGCUUUAUCAUCUUCGAAAUACGAGGAUGAAGAAGACUUUGAUGAUGAAGAGUUUCACGCUAUGACUUCAUUAACGAAGGAGCAGUUUCGAGACCUUUUUUCUUUUUGUGAUAGAAUACCUGUACAGGUAGGUUUUGAAUAUAUUACAAAAAAUAAUCUUUUGCUUUUCUUAACUAAAAUGAGGCAUGGUAUUAGUGAUAAUGCUUUGGAAGUUAUCUUCAAAUACUCUAGUCGCCAGGUAGUUAGUUACGUGAUAGAUAAAGUAAGAAAAUCAUUAUUAUUAAGAUUUGUAAAAGAAAAUAUUGGGUUUCAAUCAAUCACUAGAGAUGCCUACAUACAGCAACAUGUGACCGAUUUCGCCAAUGUUCUGUACAAUCUGGAUCCAAAUGUACCGGAAGCUAUUGGAUAUGUCGAUGGUACAUAUUCUUAUAUUGAGGAAAGUAGUAACUUUCGGGUGUUAAGACAAUCGUUUUCUUUACAUAAAGGUCGUUAUUUGAUAAAACUCGUAUUGGUUGUCGCACCCGAUGGUUACAUUCUCGACAUUCAGGGCCCUUAUUUUUCAGACAGCCGAAAUAAUGAUGCUGCUCUGUUGCGAGACCAACUUUAA